AUGGCGGACGCCGGCGAAGACACCACACACGUUCAGGAGCCUCUUGACCUCGUCAAGCUCCUGCUCGACGAAGUAGUUUUCGUCAAGCUUAGAGGUGACCGUGAGCUCAAGGGCAGACUUCAUGCCUACGACAGUCAUUGCAACCUUGUUCUGGGAGAGGUCGAGGAAACCAUUUAUGUGGUGGAUGAUGAUGAAGAAGAUGAGGAAGUGAAGGUGAGAAGGCUGGAUGAGCUCAAGGUCUCACCAAAUGCUGACAGCAUACCGUAG